UGUAGACUGUAUGAGGUAUUAGCUAGCCAUGGCUUACAAGUCUUCUAACACUGGAACGAGUCCUUCGUUCCUGGAGAGGGAAAUCUAUUCGGAGAGGACCUUGCCCCUUUUGACUUACUUCAUUGCCCGUGCUCUUGCUGCCGCCCCUAACCAUAAGGGCUCCUCGGCUGUUGAUGACUUUAGCGGCGUGAAAUCCGGGAUCGGAAAAGCGGAACGGCCCAUACCGGACGAAAGCCAACAGCUUAGAGAGACUUUGCUGAAUCUCAUAAACAAAGGCCCAGGUAGAGAUCCAGGCCAGAAAAUCCCAGGAAGCCCAACAGUCACGAUUGUUGGCGCGGGUGUUUCUGGCCUUUGCGCUGGCUACGAGCUGAAGAAAGCUGGCUUCAAUGUAACUAUCUUGGAAGCUUCUUCUAGAGUAGGAGGCCGAGUCACAACAUUCAGGGAGCCGACCUUUGCCCCUGGUCUCCACGGCGAAGGGGGGGCAAUGAGGAUUCCUGCCAGUCAUUUCUUACUUCACGAGUACAUCAAAAGGUUUGGGCUUUCUAGCCAACUAUUCGAUUUCGAGAUGGAGAACAAGUUCAUCUACAUCUCAGGCUAUGGAAAGACAAUGAUGUAUAAGGGCGAUUUCGACCAACGCCUGAAGAACUCGGAUCCCAAGCUUCUGGGGCUGUUCCCCGGGCUUAAAGACUCCGAGAAAGGCAAGACAUGUGAUGAGCUGUUCACAUCAGCCGUUGAGCCGGUUGUUCGUGCGUUCUGGACUGCAUAUGGUGGGCUUCCUUCUCCCGAGAAGCUCGACCAGGAGCACAUCGAUGUGAAUGCAAUCAAACGAGCCUUCAAUAAGAUCACAGCCGACUACGAUAGGUACACACUGCGAUCUUAUCUUACCGACGUGGCAGGCUGGAGUGAGGAUGCUCUCAACCUUUACAACUUAGGAAACGCACAUGUGGUAUUUGACAACGGAUUUAUUGAGUCUUUCAAGGACGCAUUCUUGUCCAGCAACAAGGAGGGUGCUCAGGCUGGUAUGAAGCAGCUCCAAAGUGGAAUGGAUGCUGUGCCCAACGCUUUUAUCUCUUCUGAGAGGGGCCCAGACUCACUAAUAGACAACAUAAUUUUCGGCGCGCGGGUGACUGCGAUCAGUACUGAAAACCCCGGUCCGCCGGGUAUUCCGAGACAGAGCCGCGUAAAGCUCACAUACGAAGUAUCGGCCACCGGCCGCAAAAAGGAAAUCCUCUCCGACUAUCUGAUUCUUGCUAUUCCCUACACGUCUCAGCGCAUAAUUUCCAAGUCUAAACCCUUCGCGCCGAAACAGGAGAUGGCAAUCCGAGAAGUGCGCUACGUCGAGGUGACCAAGGUUCUUCUCCAGUACAAGCGUCGCUGGUGGGAGGAGGUCUUCCAGAAGCGUGGACAGGGCUUCGACGGUGGUGUCGUAAGCGACCUACCAAUCCGCUACACCAUGUUCCCGAAAAAGGACGGAAACCAGCAAUUUGCUCGUUCGGAGCGCGGCGUCGUCAUGGCUGCUUACACCUUUGAGCAAGAUGCAACCAUACUCGGGGCGUUAUCGCCUGAGCGCCGAAUUCAGAUUGCCGCCGAGAAUCUCGACACCAUCUUCCCCGAGGCGGGAUCCCUAGACUUUCUCGAGGUGGGCGCAUCACAGGUAUUCCCCGCCGAUGAGCUCGCGGGUGGCAGUGCCUUUUGUUACUUCGGCCCCACGCAAAAGACCAAUUUCCUCGAUACCAUGAUGGAUUCGGAUUGGGACGACAAGGUCUUCUUUGCUGGCGAGCAAGCCAGCUUUACUCACGGCUGGAUCCAAGGCGCUCUCGAAGCCGGGUUAAGAUGCGUACAGCAAGUCUGGGAUGCCGCCGCGGGUCAGGCGGCACAGUGAUGGAUUUGAUCGAGUUGUGUGCGCUAUACCUGAUUAAGAGGGAAGCCAAACUCGAAAGGCAAAAGAGGAGGCGUGAUGAGUAGAGUGAAAUGCAAAUAUAAGAACCCGGGAUUUGCUGAGGUAGGCUCUGAAGCUUCUAACCUAGGUACCUUAGGUGUGCAAGAAAUAAUAACUCAAGUCUUCGUAAGAUGCAAUGGUAUUGGUAUACCAACAAAAGCUUGACUGGGCUGAUAAUAGUAUGGACUAGUAUAUCCCUACC